AGUACUUGUUCUGCUAUUGACCCAAAGGAUCUUGCAGCAAGGUACAGAUUGUCUUUCCGAAGCCAUGUUAUUCUCCAAGGACAACGCCCUUCAUUUCACCUAUGAUUCGGAGCAUGUGCAGAUCGAACCAUGGGGUCCAAAUGCUCUAAGAGUCCGUGCAACCAAAUGGCAUAUAUUGCCGGCCGAGAAUUGGGCCUUGACCAUAACACCCCCAAAUUCAAGCCCGUCCAUUUCAAUCCACGAUGACCAUGCCGAAAUCGCCAACGGCAGCAUCACGGCGACCGUAUCGUCACGCGGCAAGAUCAUCAUUCAAAAUGCCAAAGGAGAGCGUAUCCUAGAGGAGUACCAACGCAAUCGGGUCGACGUUGAAGAUCCCAAAUGCUCUGCUCUGUUAGUCGACGCAAGAGAGUUCAAGCCAUUGCUUGGAGGUGACUAUCAUUUGACUUAUCGACUGGAGUCCGUGGACCGAAAGGAGAAAAUCUAUGGCAUGGGCCAGUACCAGCAGUCUUUUCUGGACCUGAAGGGUCUUGACCUAGAGAUGGCCCAGCGCAACUCCCAGGCCAGCGUUCCUUUCAUGCUCUCCAGUUUGGGAUAUGGCAUGCUGUGGAACAACCCUGCCGUUGGGCGCGCCGUGCUCGGCAAGAACAUCAUGAGCUUCGAGGCACAGUCCACCAAGGUGCUGGAUUAUUGGAUCGUGGCCGGCGACACUCCCGCUCAGAUCGUCGAAGCUUACGCAGAUGUUACCGGCAAGGUGCCGAUGAUGCCAGAGUAUGGGCUCGGGUUCUGGCAAUGCAAGCUUCGAUAUCAGACGCAGGAAGAACUGCUGGACGUCGCAAGAGAAUAUCGGAAGAGGAAUCUGCCUCUCGAUGUCAUUGUGGUAGACUUCUUUCACUGGCCAAAGCAAGGAGAAUGGAAAUUUGAUCCUACGUAUUGGGAAGACCCAGAUGCCAUGAUCAAAGAAUUGCAAUCAAUGAACAUUGAACUCCUCGUGUCGAUCUGGCCGACUGUCGAUAAGCGAUCCGAGAAUUACGACUAUAUGCUGGAGCAUGGGAUGCUGAUUCGCCAGGACCGAGGACUGAGAGUCGCCAUGGAUUUCCAGGGUGAUACUGUGCAUGCCGACUUCACAAAUCCUGCAGCUAGAGAGUUUGUGUGGAAGACGGCGAAGAAAAAUUACUACGAUAAAGGUGUCAAACUUUUCUGGCUCGACGAAGCAGAACCAGAAUACAAUGUCUACGACUUCGACAUCUACCGCUACCACAGCGGCACGGUACUGAGCACAGGAAAUGCAUACCCUGUUGACUAUGCUCGAGCGUUCUAUGAGGGAAUGGUCAAGGACGGCAAGCAGAAGGAUGUCUGUAACCUCAUCCGUUGUGCCUGGGCUGGAAGCCAGAGGUUUGGGACGCUACUCUGGAGCGGUGAUAUCGCAAGCAGUUGGGGUAGUUUCCGGGAUCAAUUUGCGGCUGGCUUGAACGUGGGCAUUGCUGGAAUACCAUGGUGGACAACCGAUAUUGGCGGUUUCCACGGCGGUAAUCCUAAGCAUCCCGAGUUCCGAGAGUUGUGCACAAGGUGGUUUCAAUACGGCUGCUUCUGUCCUGUCUUCCGUCUGCAUGGUCACCGCGAACCAAUGCAGCCUCAGCAUGGCACCACUGGCGGUGCAACUUGCAUCUCCGGGGCACCGAAUGAAGUGUGGUCGUACGGCGCGGAAUGUUACGAGAUCAUGAAGAAAUACCUCUUCCUGCGCGAGAGGCUCCGGCCUUAUGUUCGCGAGCUCAUGACUCAAGCGCACGAGAAGGGGACACCAGUUAUCAGGACACUGUUCUUCGAAUUCCCAGAGGACGAGAAAUGUUGGGAAAUAGAGGAUCAGUAUCUCUUUGGGAGCAAGUAUCUGGUGGCGCCCGUGCUGUACAAGGGCAUGGAGAAAAGAGAAGUUUAUCUACCAAAGGGUGCGAAGUGGCGGAGGUUCGAUGACGGAGAGGUCAAGGACGCGGAAGAGGUUGAAGGAGGGAAGACGGUCGAGGUUGAGUGUCCGUUGGCCGUUAUGCCUGUCUUUGAGCGAGUCUGAUACUAUGUACCGUGGACUCGACUAAUGAGGGUAAUGUGCAUUCCAUGUGCAUUCGACCGUCAGGAACGGUUUCUAAAGAGGGAGAGCAUGUCUGGACUUCUCGGUUCUGACGAGGUUGGAAGGUAAUGGGUCGAUCGAUGCCAUCAAAGAAGACAGUGAAGCAGGUUUCUUUCUGGAACAUAGUUCAGGCAGAACUUCAUGCUUUCAUGAAGGGUGUUUAGUGCCGAAUACCCG